AUGUCUAUUGACUUUCCCGCCGAGGAGAGGGCCAUUAUUGAGAGAUGGAGGGAGAUUGAUGCUUUCAAAUGCCAGGUUGAGAUGUCCGAGGGCCGACCCUAUUACACCUUCUACGAUGGACCUCCAUUUGCAACUGGUCUGCCUCACUACGGUCAUUUGCUUGCUUCAACAAUCAAGGAUGUUAUCCCUCGUUACUGGUCCAUGAAAGGCUACCAUAAGCUCGGGAUUUCGGGGAAGGAGGCUGUUAUGAAGAUUGGCAUCGCAAAGUAUAACGAGGAAUGCCGCGCUAUUGUCAUGCGCUAUGCGUCUGAGUGGCGGACAACCAUUGAGCGACUGGGACGUUGGAUCGAUUUUGACAAUGACUACAAGACCAUGGACCCAAGAUUCAUGGAGUCUGAAUGGUGGGCUUUCAAGCAGCUCUUCGAGAAAGAUCAGGUCUACCAGGGCUACCGUGUUAUGCCCUACUCAACUGUCUUGACAACGGCUCUGAGCAACUUCGAGGCCAACCAGAAUUAUCAAGAUGUCAACGACCCUGCAGUUGUUGUUUCGUUCCCCCUGGUUGACGACCCUGAAACCAGCCUCCUCGCGUGGACGACGACACCAUGGACCCUUCCUUCCCACCUCGGGCUGGCCGCGCACCCCGACUUCGAGUACGCCAAGGUGAAGGAUGAAAAGACUGGAAAGACGUACAUCAUUCUAGAAAAGCUCCUCAGCACUCUGUACAAGGACCCCAAGAAGGCUAAGUAUACCAUUAUUGGCAAGAUUCUCGGCAAGGAUAUGCUUGGCUGGAAGUACCUCCCGCCGUUCGACUACUUCUACGAGGAUUACAAGGAUGUUGCAUUCAAGGUUCUCAAUGCUACCUACGUAACCGACGACAGCGGUACGGGAAUUGUUCACCAGGCCCCUGCUUUCGGUGAAGACGAUUACAGCGUUGCUGUUGAAGCCGGUAUCGUUACCGAAAAGCGCCCUGCUCCCGACCCCCUGGACGAUACGGGCCACUUCUUGUCGCGCGUUCGCGACUUUGAGGGAAUGCAUGUGAAGGAGGCCGACAAGCACAUUAUCAAGCACCUGAAGAAUGCCGGACGACUGGCUGCCGAGUCGCAACUCCGUCAUUCAUACCCCAUGUGCCCCCGAUCCGAUACGCCGCUUAUUUACAGGGCCCUUCCAUCAUGGUUCAUUCGAGUGCCAGAGAGCAUCCCCGACAUGUUAAAGAAUAUUGAUGGUACUCACUGGGUUCCUUCUUUUGUGAAGGAACGUAGAUUCGCAAGCUGGAUCGCUAAUGCUCGUGACUGGAACGUUGGUCGAAACCGGUACUGGGGAACCCCGAUUCCUCUGUGGGUCAGUGAUGACUUGGAAGAGCGUGUAUGUGUCGGCAGCAUCCAGGAGCUCAAGGAGCUUAGCGGCUUCGAGGGCGAGAUCAACGAUCUCCACCGGGAUAAGAUCGAUCACAUCACCAUCCCCAGCAAGCAGGGCAAGGGAGUCUUGAAACGUGUUGAGCAAGUGUUUGACUGCUGGUUUGAGUCAGGUAGCAUGCCAUUUGCCAGCCAACACUAUCCAUUUGAGAAUGUUGAGAAAUUCGAGAAGAGUUUCCCUGGAGACUUCAUCGCUGAGGGUCUUGACCAGACCAGAGGAUGGUUCUAUACUCUUGUGGUAUUGGGAACCAAGCUGUUCGGCGUCUCCCCCUUCAAGAACUGUGUUGUGAACGGUAUCGUUCUUGCCGAAGAUGGAAAGAAGAUGUCGAAGCGUCUCAAAAAUUACCCCGACCCAUCUAUUGUCAUGGAAAAGUAUGGAUCUGAUGCAUUGAGGCUCUACCUCAUCAACUCACCAGCCAGGAGUUGGAGCCCUCGGUCGAAAGGUGGAUUCAACAGUUGA